GCGGCAGACCCUAUCAUUAUAUUUAUAAGACCCACCUCGACAGACGCCGUCCACAAUGAACUUCGUUCUGUUAGGGCAGCUGGAAGAACUUAGGAACGAAGGCAUGACCGGAAACGAGAGUUACCUAGACUACGAACCUUAUGAUGACACCGUGACCUCGCUGAUUCAGCUGGCCCAGAUCCUCUACUUCUACUAUAUCCCUGUCAUCAUAUGUCUGGGGAUUUCCCUCAAUACUAUCGUGUGUAUAGUCCUGCUAAGAACCAAGCUACGGAAGAAAUUCUACACGCACGUGUUUGCUGCCACAACCAUUAGUGAUAACGGGUUUUUGGUGACGGUUCUGUUGAUUUGGAUGAAGGACCAGGCCGUGGAUAUUUACAAGGCCCCGGGAAUGUGCCAGAUGAUCAUUUUUAUGAGUCACUUCUUCCCCUUUCUCUCGUUCUGGCACAGUAUAUCAGCGAGUAUCAUCCUUUUGAUACGCCCCCGUUCCUCGUGCCUAACGAAUACCUGUAACGGGCCGGGGAAAUCUCGGACUCUGAUCGUCUCUUUGUCCGUCUUUACCUUAACGAUAUACAUUUACAAAACAUGGACGAACGGUGUGUUGAUUAUCCAAGGCGCUCGCUUCUGUACUAUUCUACCGGAAACGGAAGAUGCCAUGAAAAUUCUGAACAUCCUGGAUGUGAUAGUGUUACUUGUACUACCAUUCAUCAUGUUCGCAAUUUUUGAUUUGCUGAUCAUAGUCAAACAAAUAAUGAAGCUUUAUCUUGCCAAUUCCUUUAAUGGAUCCAGUACGUACCAGGAUUCGUUGAAGGUCGUGUUGGUGCACUCCAUCUGCUUCCAUAUAUUUGUAGGACCGGGGUGCAUCUCCAAACUUAUCUUAUUGUUUCGAUAUAUGUCCGGAAACGAACAUUACGACUUCGAGGAAUUGAUACUGGAAAGUAUAUUCCAGUACGUUUUCUACACUUACUUUGGUAUAAAACCUCUUUUCCAUAUUAUAGUUUCCAAAUCGUUACGAGUACACUUGAAAGAACUGCUACUUAAAGCGAAACAAACAAUGUCAAUGUCCCGGAUGUUGAUGAAUGCCGGGUCACAUGAUCAAACGUUGUUGUAGGUCAGACUUUUGACAUCAUUAUGUAGGUGCCUUGCCUAUGUUAGGGACACAUGUUAGCUAUGGAAACACAACUCCCACAGUAAUAUGCGAAUUGUUUUGAAUUGUUCGUUGUCCAUAAUCUGUAACCAAGGUGUAUCUGUGGGAUUCAAAAUUUAUGAAACAAACAGAUGAAAGAGUUAUAUGAUCACAUCGAUAAAACUAGGAUAUCAUCAUACAUGUAGAUUGAAAACUAUUGUUUGUGUUAUAUGUAUAUACAAUUGUUGUAUGAAUUUGUUUCGAUUUUACUGUUGUAUUUAUAAUUUGGAAGUAAA